AUGGCACAUGAUCAUGCUGAAUACCAGUACAACCCAGUAGAGGUUGAAUACCUCCAGUUAGAACGAGAGUUCCUCAUCCUAAAUGCCAAGUUUGAUCGAACUUCUCAGGAUAUCGAUCAUAUUGAUCAAAUGCUCCGUGAACUCGACGAGUUCAGUGUUCGAGUUCGGGCUUGGGAAGCAGCGAACCCUGGCUUCUACCAUAGCGACAUUGACGAAGGAUACGAAUCUGUCUUCGAAUGA